AUGAUUAGGUCAAAAUAUCAAGGUGUACUUUAUUGUCCUGUUUGUAAUAAGCUAUCUAAAGAUUUAUAUGAAUUGAAUGUUCAUUUAGAUGAAAACCAUUUUGAUGUAACAGAAAAGCAAAAAGAAACGGUUAAGUCAUGGUUUAAGAAGAAGGUUGAUGAAGCAAAGCAGUUAGCAUCGAUUGUAGUUACUCAACAUUAUUUACAUAAAGAAGAAUUUGAAUUAAAUGAAAAUCAAGUAGAAACAGAAGUUACAAAAGAACAUUGGCAAAUUGAAGAAAAUGUAUCAUGCUUUUUUGAAUCAUGCUGUAAAAGUCUUAUUUCUAAAGGAGAACGUAUUAAUUGUAGAAAAUGUGGAAAAUUAUUUUGCAAUGCUCAUACAACUUAUCAAAUUAAGCUUUCUCAAGAUGCUCAACAUGAUCCUUAUCAUGGUGUAUGGUCUCGUGUAUGCAAGUAUUGUUAUGAAGAAAGGAAAGGAUAUAUGGAUACGAAUGGGCCUGUUAUAGAUUAUUUUUCAGAAUUCAAACAUUUUCGUACGCAAGCAGUAGACAAAAUCAAUCUACACGCUAAUAGACUUGAAAAAAGGAUUUCAAAACUUUUUGAACUUGUAUUGGAUUCAAAAAAUGUACCUGUUACAAAUUCUUUUUAUAAAUUGAUUAAUUCUUUUAAAUCACGAAAAAAGGCUUUAGAACAAACCAUUGUUUCAUGGGAAGAUGAUUUUUCUGUUACACAUUGUCCAAUUUGCAAACAUUCUUUUAAUUAUACUAAUAAAAAACAUCAUUGUAGAUUAUGUGGAAAGAUAAUAUGUGCUAAUUUGAAAACAGAAUGUUCUUCAAUGGUUCAAUUAAAUAUGAAAUCUCGAUGUUUAAAUACUUUUAAUUCAGAAAUAGUGCAUAAAAAUUCAACAAAUGCUUCGAUUUAUUCAGAUUUGUCUAUACGUAUAUGUAAAAAUUGUAGACGUAUUGUUUUUUCCAGAAAAGAGUUUUCUGAUUCUCUUUCAAAACCUCAUCAAUUAGAUAUUUUCUAUAAAGAAUUAUCUACACUUAGAUAUAAGAUUGAAACAUUACUUCCUAAUUUUAAAUCUCAAUUGGACGAAUUAAGGAAAGCCUUUAAUGCUAACCAAAAACGAAUCGAUGAAGUUGCAUUGAUUCGGGAAAAAAUAUUAGACACAUUCUUUCAAUAUGAUAAAUUAUCAAAGAAUAUUUCUCAAUUAACAACAAAAUCUUUAGCAAUAAAAAAUCUUCAAAUAGAAAUUCAUUCGGAAGCAAAGCGUUUCCUUCAGAAGCAUAUGCUUUCAUUGCAAUUUGUCCCAAAUUUAAAGAAAAAAGGCAACAAUAAUACAAACAAAAUGAUGCAUUUUCCUAAAUUAAAUGAAAAGAAAUAUUUAGAACUACAUAUCCUUGAAGAACAACGUCAUCAAGUCCAAAACUGGAUUAAAGAUGCAAGUAAACGUAGAAAGUAUGAUGAAGUUGGUGUGUUACUUGAUAAUAUGAAUAUGCUUUCUCUUGAAAUUGAGAAAAUACGAGCACAAGUUCAUGAAUUUUCGCCAUCUUUUGAACAUAAAACGUAUUCAUAA